CGAUGGUAGACAUUUACAGAAUAAACUGUUAGACGUGGAGUUUAGACCAUAGACAGCCAAACAGUGGCAGCGCACAAUGAAAGGUGGUAGGGAUUAUCACUCUGAUUUGUGGAUUUAUUCUGCUCUGACGACGGAAUUACCGAGAUGCGUUGUGGUCUAAAAUGACGCGGUUACCUCGUUAAAAACCGCUUCCUCGUCGAUCAUCGUGUGAAAGGACCACAUCAGUCAGAUAUUCUACUGCAGCAACUCGAUCUGAUCUGUGACAGAUUCAUCAGAAUGCCUGAAAGCAUGUCACCAGUUCCCACCGUGCCGCUGGUGAUUAACUGCUUCCUGUCUGUUCUCGGCUGUUUGGCCACACUCAAACUCAUCCCUGCUUUUAAAGAUCAUUUCAUCUCAGCUCGACUCUGUGGGAUGGAUCUGAACAAAACAACAAAAAAAGAAGUUCCAGAGUCUCAAGGAGUCAUCAGUGGGACAGUCUUUCUCAUCAUCCUCUUCUGCUUCAUCCCAGUGCCUUUCCUCAGCUACUUCGUAGGAGACCAGUGCAUGGGUUUCCCACACGAUGAGUUUGUGCAGCUGAUCGGUGCUCUUCUGGCCAUCUGCUGCAUGAUCUUUCUGGGCUUUGCUGACGACGUGCUGAACCUCAGAUGGAGACACAAGCUCCUUCUUCCCACCGUGGCUUCUCUGCCCCUGCUCAUGGUGUACUUUACUAACUUUGGUAACACCGUCAUCGUGGUGCCCAAGCCUUUCAGAGCUCUACUUGGGCUGCACUUGGAUCUGGGUAUCCUCUACUAUGCCUACAUGGGAAUGCUUGCUGUUUUCUGCACAAAUGCCAUCAACAUAUUAGCAGGCAUCAACGGCAUCGAGUCAGGCCAAGCCUUGUUCAUCUCUGGCUCCAUCAUCAUCUUCAACCUGCUGGAGCUCAGUGGAGAUUACCGAGACGACCACGUUUUCUCUCUCUACUUCAUGGUGCCGUUCUUCUUUACCACCUUAGCACUUUUUUACCACAACUGGUAUCCCUCGUCUGUGUUUGUGGGAGACACUUUCUGCUACUUUGCUGGGAUGACCUUUGCUGUAGUCGGCAUCCUGGGACACUUCAGCAAAACAAUGUUGCUGUUCUUUUUACCUCAAGUGAUAAACUUUGUGUAUUCUUUGCCUCAGCUUUUUCACAUAAUCCCCUGUCCCAGGCAUCGAUUACCCAGACUGGAUCCAGAUACUGGCAAACUGGGGAUGAGCUACUCUAAAUUUAAACUGAAAGACCUCUCCCAGCUGGGAAACCUGAUCAUGAAGACCGCAGAGUUCUUAAAGCUGCUGGAGGUGCGCCGAGGCCCGGAGGGAGAUGAUGAGUUUAUUGAGUGCAACAACAUGACGUUAAUAAAUCUGGUUCUGAAACUAUUUGGACCCAUCCAUGAGAGAACUCUAACCAUCAUCAUGCUCCUCAUACAGGUGAUGGGGAGCGUGGUGGCUUUUGGGAUCCGUUACCACCUGGUUCGUCUCUUCUAUGACGUGUAGACAGGACGAGGCUUCUUGUUGUGGUGCUGCUUUAAAGGCUUGUUAUCCUUCUGCCUUUAAUUAGCUCAAGUCUCUCUGGUUUCACUCAGAAAAGCCUCAAGAGAUAUUUCACGUUUAUCUCACCUGGAAAUGCUCCCAACUGGACUGCAAGUGCAAGUGGGUCAAAAAUCAAUUUAGUCCAAUCAGAAAAGUCCAUUUUUUGUAUUUUGUUUUUUUAACAAAGCACAGGAAGGAAGGCCAAAGUUUUGUUUUUACAAAGCCAGCAUUCUUGGCUGAAUUUCUCUUGAGUUUGUGUUCUUUUAAUAACUAAUUCAAGACGGUGGAAGAAUCAAAGUAACGAAAUGCAUUAACAUUGCACUGAUGGGGACAUGUGGGUUCUUGCUUUGAUUUUUGCUCUGAAAGAACAACAAAGACUGCCGGCGGAGCUAACGGGGAAGCCUAUCAGUCUGAGAGCAGGGUGGAUGUGGGGAAAUGGAGGGUGUAUUAGUGCUGAUAGAGGAAGCUAAUAGUGUCUGUGCUGUUGUACGAACAAAAGCUUUAUGAAGGGUGAUGGUUCUCCUUAGUAAUGAGAAUGGGCAGAAAACCAUUUAAACAAGCGGGUCCUACGUGUUUUUCUUAAAGAAUGUAAUUUAAAGUGAAACACUGUUUAUUCAUGACAUUGAAUACAGAAAUUCUGAAAUAAAAAUUUUAAAAUAUG